AUGUCGCAGUUCCUGUCCGGCGGCGCCGUCGACUGCGGCCCCAGCAACGCCCUCAAGGAUGUGUCAUCGCUCGUCGAGCGCGACUAUGGCGUCCAGCGUGACCGGUUUACCCCCCAAGCAGGAUCAAGCUCAUCGUCAAAUGCAUUCCGCACGCGUCCAGGCGUUCAGCAACAGCAGGCUCCUUCGCCGCAAGCCAGCGCGUUCGACGUCUCACAGCUCCGCACCCACCUUCCCCCUGCUCAAGUCGCCGGCCCCUACGUGCCGGUGGCGCACGCGGCACCGGCCCAUGCUCCCGCCCAGCAGCCGUCGCACUGGGCCGACUCGUACUCCGCCAAUGGUCUGGGAAAGGGCAAAGCUCGCGCCGACGCCCCCGUUGGUGUAUGGGGAAGCGAGUUUGCUGCCCAGGACCAGCAGCAGCGUGCGGGCUCGCCCGCUCUGGCACCAUGGCAGCGUGGUCCAACACACGCUGCUCCGUCCCCUGUGGCCGCGUACCAGCAGCAGCCCAUGUUCCAGCAACCGACCUUCCAGCCCGCGUUUCAGCAGCAGCCCAUGUACCAUCCUCCUCCGAAUGUCAUCACGCCCAACCCGCAGUACUUCCGACAGCCACCGCCCACCCCCGCGUUGGAGCAAAAGGCGCAGGAGCAAGUGGUUCAGCAAGAACGUCCAGCCGAGGCACAGCAAAAUGCGCAGGCACCACUGAGCGGUCCUGACGACGAGCUCGCACGCACUGCACGAGCACUCGUGGACCAGCUCGGACAAGAGGACCAGCUUCAGACAAACGAAAAGCUCAACAACAGCCAGUUUGUCCAGCUCCUGCGUGGCCUCGGCACGGGCUCUGUCGUUGUCCAGGAAGGAACGGGCGAGGUGGCCGAGGGCGAGGAGGUGGGCGACGGCGCCAAGUUUGUCGCUGCCUCGAGCGGGGGCGACUGGGCGUCGGCGUUCAUUGGUUCUGAAGGUGGUGCGACGACUACCUUUGACCCCGUCACUGUGCCCAUCACCCAGCCGAUUACCUCCAUCCCCACCGAAGCGCCUGUCAAGACCGGUUACAUGACUCCCAACUAUGAAUCCCACCCGCCAACUCUCGAGAUCGGCCAGGACGCGUGGUCGCAGCAGUUCCAGGCGGCCCUUACCAUGUCCGACGGCGCAGAAAGGCUGCAAGCACGCCGCAAGAGCGUCCACUUUGACGAAGACCAGGUCAUGCCUGGGAUGCCGUACGAUCUCGCCGAGGCCCAGCAGCACACCACUGCGAUCCCUGGUGCGACCAGCAUGUGGGAGGAAGGCAUUAGCGGGCUCGCCGUCGACGAGGACCUCGAUGACGACUUUGACACCGAGAUGCUCCAGCACUUCAACGGCAUGCCCCGCGUCGCCAGUGAGAGCGCAUACGGCCCCGCCGCCCACGAGGGAUGGGGCGUGCUCCAGGACGGAUGGGAGGAGCAGGUCGGCGCCGUCCACGGCCCCACUGCUGAGCCGUACCUCUUCCACACGUCCAACCCGUACGCACUCGGUUCCCCAAUCGUGCGUGAGCUAUCACCCACGACGAUGGGUGUGCUCGAACUGGAAGCUGCCGUCCAGCAGGACCCCCGUGACGCAGCCGCCUGGCUCGCUCUGGGCCUGAAGCAGCAGGAGAAUGAACGUGAGGACGCCGCCAUCCGCGCCCUCGCCAAGGCGACCCAGCUCGCACCGGACACUCGCGAAGCAUACCUCGCCCUGGCCGUCAGCUACGUGAACGAGAACCAGCUUUCAAAGGCACACGCUUCGCUUGAAAAGUGGAUCGAGCUUGGUCAGCCCGAGGCCCUCCUCUCCCAGACUCCCGGUGAGACUGCAGCCGAGCGCCAGGCACGCAUCAUUUCCCGCCUCAUCGACAUUGCCCGCCAGAACCCCCACGACCUCGACGUCGACGUCCAGGUGGCCCUGGGUGUGCUCUUCAACUCUAGCGAGGAUUACGCCAAGGCCGAGGACUGCUUCAACGCCGCGCUCGAGGCCCGCCCCACCGACUGGGUGCUGUACAACCGUCUGGGCGCGACGCUCGCCAACUCGGGCCGCUCGCACGAAGCCAUCAAGUACUACCACAAGGCGCUGGGCAUGCACCCCAACUUUGUCCGCGCCCAGUUCAACUUGGGUAUCUCGUACAUCAACUUGGCGCAGUACCGCCUUGCCGCGCAGUGUAUCCUCGACGCCAUCCGCCUGCAGCACGCAGACGUUACGGAGGGGUACGGGGCCGGUACCAACGAAGGCGGGUCGUUUACAAAGGGCGUGACCAGCGAUGCCCUCUGGACCACGCUCCGCAUGGCCUGUCUCCACCUCCAGAGGCCCGACCUGGUCAACCUCGCCAACCAGCAGGACCUCAAUGGAUUCCCCCUCGAGAUCUAA